AUGCACGAUACUUAUCCUUCGACGAUGGGUACCUCACCCACUCAUUCUGCUCAUUCGGACAACGUCUCUAUCGGACAGAGGGCACCUUGCCUGGCACAGUUCAUCAACCUCGCGAGCGGGGCAAACCUCAAAGUCGGGCAGGGUCUCCACUCUUGCACGGGCGCGGUCGAGCUAGCGCCGUCCUUUGAGCUCGACGGGCGGUCCGUUAGUCUCAUUGACACCCCCGGGUUUGAUGAUACCACCAAGAGUGACGCGGACGUUCUGCGUAUGAUCGCCAUGUUUCUCGCUGAAACGUACGAACACGGCAAGCGCCUCGCGGGUGUGAUCUACAUCCACCGCAUCUCAGAUUUCCGUAUGACCGGCAUCUCAUCAAGGAACUUUAAAAUGUUCCGUGAGCUCUGCGGCGAGAGCACGCUCCGCAACGUCGUCAUCCUCACCAACAUGUGGGGCGAAGUCAAACCGGAGGUAGGCGAGGCGCGCGCGCACGAGCUCGCUACGCAGGACAUCUUUUUCAAGCCUGUCAUAGCAAAAGGCGCGCAGUUCCUCCGGCACGAUAAUACGCGCGCUGCGGCGUUGAGUGUUAUUAGGCGUAUACUUCAGAACCACCCGAUGGCGCUGCAGAUCCAGCGUGAGCUGGUUGAUGAGGGAAAGGAUAUGGCGCAGACGGCCGCUGGAGCGCAGUUGAAUAAGGAGAUGAUGGAGCAGAUCGAGAAGCACCGUAAGGAGAUCACGGCUGUUAGAGAAGAAAUGAAAGAGGCGAUACGCGUUAAAGACGAGGAGGCAAGACGAGAGCUCGAGGCAGAGGCGAACAAGCUCCAAGCGGAGAUGAUGCGCGUGCAGAAUGAAUCUCAAAAGUUGGCCACCGACUACCGCAAAGAAAAAGAGAGGCUUGAAAAUCGAAUGCAAGAGAUGUCAGAAGCAUCACGUAGGGAACAAGAAAAAGCGAAUGCCGAGUACAAUCAACAACUUUCUGGGAUUAGAGAUCAGCUUUCGCAGACUUCUGCUAAUGCAGACCAGCAGAGAGCUGAGCUUGAAAAACAAAUUGAUAAUCUGCGUAUUGGUCAUCGUGGAGGAGGAGAAGGAGGAGGAGGAUUUUUUACCCCUAUUGGCCGUGCUUUAGAUGGCUUUUUCAGAAUUUAUUAG